AUGGUGUUUGGUAUUUUGGGUGCUGCUCGUGGUCUCGACGAAGGAAACAUUGGCUCCAACAUCAGUUUGCCAUCUUUUAGACAAACCUUUGGCUUUGAAGACCCCAACAAGAGCGAGAAUGAAAUUGCCGAUCUCAAAUCCAAUAUUUCGUCGAUGGUGCAAUUAGGAUGCGUUGGCGGUGCUCUUCUUGCGAUCUUUACUGUCGACAGAUUAGGAAGAGUGAAUGCUCUAAGACAGGUUUGCGUCUUAUGGGCCAUUGGCGUCAUUAUUCAAAUUACAUCUUCACACGUUGGCCAGCUAUACGCUGGCAGAAUUAUCGAGGGACUCGCCGUUGGCCAGACUACCACCAUCGGACCUACGUACUUGGCAGAGGUUGCUCCAAAACAGAUCAGAGGUCUUUGCAGUUGCAUUUUCGCUGGAGCCGUGUACCUCGGUGUCAUGUUGCUGUGCUUUGCAAACUACGGCACCGCAUUGCAUAUUUCUGAUUCAUCACAGAAACAAUGGAUCAUUCCCACCUCCCUCAAGAUCAUUUUCGCCGGUGGGUUAUUGAUCCUCACAUUCAUGUUUUGCAUCGAGUCACCCAGAUGGCUUAUGAAAGUUGGAAAAGCAGACAAAGCGUGCGAAGCCCUUUGUAAGCUCAGAUGCCUUCCACCUGAUCACCCGCUCAUUGUUGGAGAGAUCAACGACAUCAAUGAGCAAUUGUUAUUGGAGAAACAAGCACAAUCGGGGAACAACGCCCUCAAUAUUGUCAAAGAAUUCGUUCGUGUGAAGGCGAAUAGGUACAGAUUGUUGGUCAUAGCCAUUCCCGCUCAAUUACUUGGACAAUGGUCCGGCUCGAACGCUGUGACGAUAUAUGCGCCCGAAUUGUUUGGCGUGAUUGGUGUGACAGGAAUCGAGACCUUGAAAAUGACGGCGAUCGCCGGUGUGGUGAAGUUUGUUUCUGCUUACUUGGGCGCAUUUUUUAUCAUUGAUGCUUUGGGAAGAAAGACGUCAAUGUACGUCGGUAUUACGCUUCAGUUCUUGUGUGAAUUGUAUUAUGCAAUUUUUUUGAACGUGGUGCCCAAUAUCGAGAGCUCCUUGGAAGGUUCAAAGAAGAAGGCAUCGCAAGGUGCUGUUGCAGCCAUUUUCCUUUCGGGCACUGGUUGGGUUAUUGGUUUCAACGCUAUUCAGUAUCUUAUGGGGUCGGAAAUUUUCCCAUUGAAAAUUCGUUCUGUGGCUAACUCGUUGGUUAUGGUUUUACAUUUUGCCAACCAAUACGGUAAUUCCAAAGCACUCCCGGAAAUGAUGAUUGCAAUGCAGCCAUACGGAGCAUUUUAUUUCUUCUCCGGGGUGCUUUUAAUUUCCUUAGUUUGGGUGUGGUUUUUCGUUCCAGAGGUGGCAGGCCGUUCUUUGGAGAGUAUUGAUGACAUUUUCAACUUGCCAUGGUACCAAAUUGGGCGGAACGGACCCAAGCUCUGCCCCGACCAUUCCGAAAUUAGCAGAAUGCAGUUUGAUCAUGGCAUGAUGGUAUACGAGGAUAAAGCCGGGUCGGAGCACCAGGUGGAAAACGCUAGCCAGAACAAGAAGGAAUCGGACGAGGAUUCCGUCAACGACCACAAGAAAGAGGAGGCGUAA